AUGGCGACAACUGAGAACCAAUGGAACAAGUCCAGGCGGGAGCCCUCAUCGAGACCCCCGCCCGCCUCAGAAGCUGUGGUGACGGAUGGCUUCGUCCUCCCAACCCUCGAGGUGCCUGCCGAUGCGCCUCCGGCAUAUGGAAGCCAUCACGAUCAGCUGCAGUUCUCGCGAUCAGGAUUUGAGGCUGGAGCCAUCUUGACAGCCGAUGGAAGAGUCAACAUCAAUAUCCACACCAAGAAUAAGAGACUUGCGGAGCUUCUUGCGCCGAGUAUCGCCAGUCAGAUUGCCGCCCAGCCAUCAUUACCACCCGCGUAUACGUUGCCGAGUCUCGCUGGUGAGCCUGGCAAGGAACACCCUCCACGCCUCAACAUCGUCAUUCAGAUUGUUGGAUCGCGCGGCGACGUCCAGCCAUUCGUUGCUCUUGGAAAAGUCCUGAAAGACACGUACGGCCACCGGAUCCGUAUCGCAACGCAUGCGACGUUCAAGACGUUUGUCGAAGAGAAUGGCCUCGAGUUCUUCAGCAUAGGAGGAGACCCCGCUGAACUGAUGGCUUUCAUGGUAAAGCACCCAGGUCUCAUGCCGGGUAUAGACGCUCUGAAGAGCGGAGAAAUCAGAAGGCGCCGAAAGGGCGUCCAGGAGAUGAUGAUGGGGUGCUGGAGAUCUUGCAUUGAGGCAGGAGAUGGACUCGGACCGCCGCCGGAACCGCAUAGGAGACUGGAGCAAUGGGAUCCAUCAGCCGGCAUGCCUGGAGACCCCAAUCACGAGCCAUUCGUCGCCGACGCCAUCAUCGCGAAUCCGCCUAGUUUCGCUCAUAUUCACAUUGCAGAAAAGCUUGGAAUUCCGUUGCACAUGAUGUUUACAAUGCCUUGGACUCCUACGCGAGCGUUCCCUCACCCCCUUGCUAAUAUCCAAUCUUCAAAUGCCGACGAUGUCCUCACCAACUACUUGACUUACACGCUCGUGGAAAUGAUGACAUGGCAGGGACUGGGAGAUAUCAUUAAUCGAUUCCGCGAAAAUGCCCUGGAUCUUGCUCCCCUCUCCCUCAUCUGGGCCCCAGGGCUUCUCAACAGACUCAAGAUUUCUUAUACUUACUGCUGGUCGCCUGCGUUGAUUCCGAAGCCAAAUGAUUGGGGCCCAAACAUUGACGUUGCGGGCUUUUUCUUCUUGAAUCUUGCAUCCUCCUACACGCCAGAGCCCGAUCUUGCUGCCUUUUUAGAGGCUGGUCCUCCGCCGGUGUACAUCGGCUUUGGCUCCAUUGUGGUGGACGAUCCCAAUGCCAUGACUAGGCUUAUACUGGACGCUAUCCACCUGGCCGGCGUACGAGCUCUAGUCUCGAAAGGUUGGGGAGGUCUGGGAAUCGAUGCGGUAGGGGUGCCUGAUGGUGUAUUCAUGCUCGGUAACGUUCCCCACGACUGGCUGUUUGAGAGAGUCUCUUGCGUUGUCCACCACGGCGGCGCUGGAACGACCGCAGCUGGCAUCAAAGCAGGCAAACCCACUGUCGUCGUUCCAUUCUUCGGUGACCAGCCCUUUUGGGGAGCCAUGGUCGCGAGAGCCAAGGCUGGGCCUGACCCAAUUCCCCAUAAGGCCUUGACAGCCGAGAAACUUGCCGAGGCGAUCAAGUUCUGUCUCCAACCAGAGACUCAGGCUCAGGCCCAGGCACUUGGCCACAGGAUACGAGAGGAAAAGGGUGCGGAGGCUGGAAGCCGAAGCUUUCAUAAUCAUCUCGAUGUGGAUUCUCUUCGCUGCUCCGUGGCUCCCAGUCGAGCUGCGGCCUGGCGUCUGAAAAGGACAAAAGUGCGACUCAGCCCCUUGGCUGCCGCUGUUCUCGUCAAACGAGGUCUCUUACAAUAUUCCGACUUGAAACUAUACCGUCCAUACGAGUAUAACACAGAGGACCAGCCUCCUGACCCAAUCACCGCGGGCGCUACCUCGUUGGUGACCGAUAUAAGCGACAUAGGGAUGGCUAUAGUAGACAUGCCUCUGGACAUACUCAAGAGUCCCAGGAAAGCUAGAGAGAAGGAGGAUGCCGCCAGUCAAGCCAGCGGCGAUGACAGCGACGCAGGAUCGAAACCCAACUCGAUCAAAGGGCGCUCUGGAACAAGGACUCCGACAGCAGCCAGCGCUGCAGAGACCGCGGGUGAUGCCAGCUCUGUGACGCCACUCACCCAUUUUCCCUCAUUACCAGCUGAAAUAGGGAGGACGCGAUCUCCUACCGUUGAUAGUCGUGGAGGAAGCCGAUCAUCGUCCCGUCGAAGGGCGCUUUCUGCCACUACCAUGGAGGCUGCAGUUGGCACGACCAGGAAUGUUGGACGUAUUGUGACUACGGGAGUCAAAUCUCCUAUGAACUUCUGCCUCGGUCUCGCCAAAGGAUUCAGGAAUGUUCCGCGGCUGUACAAUGAUGAUACAGUCCGAACGAUUGAAAAGGUGACGGACUUCAACAGCGGCGUACGGGUUGCGGGCAAAGAGCUUGGCUUCGGUCUUUUUGAUGGGAUCUCAGGUCUUGUUACGCAGCCGAUGAGAGGGGCGCAGAAAGAAGGUGCUGCCGGGCUGAUCAAGGGCUUUGGAAAAGGCAUUGGAGGACUUAUCGCUAAACCCGCGGCAGGCUUCUGGGGCCUUCCAGCAUACAUGAUGCAAGGUGCGUAUGCUGAGCUCAACAAGUUCCUGUCCAGGAGCGUGCAGAACUAUAUCAUCACCUCAAGGGUCGUUCAGGGCGAACGGGAACUGCAAAUGGCAUCGGAAGGAGAGAAGGCGGAUAUUGUUACACGCUGGAAACACGAUGCUGAGCUAGGGGCUCUUCAACAACGAACCGCCAAAGGCCAGGAACGAGGGCACUCCCGAGUCAGUUCCGGAGACGGAUCGAGCCUUUGGCGCUCACCUCUCCUAGAAGGACGGCGUCAACUCGGCGCCGCGCUGGGAAAUCCAAAGCAGCAGCAACCAGGCCGAACCACCGGGCGCUCUAGUUCCCCCCUUGGGAGAGCUCCGGAUACAUCGUCUGCUGUUGACACGGAAUUCGAGGCGGCCAUCAGAGCCUCAGUCAUGGAGACCUCUCGUGGCGAUGCAGAGGAAGACGCCAUGAUUGAGGCGGCUAUUCGCGAGAGUGUCAAGGCAAUGCGGCAGCAGGGUUCUCUUCCCGACCCCGUCGUUCUGAAAUCGAACGUCAAGCACCACGACGUCUUUGAGGAUGAGGAUUAUAAAGUUACGGAUGAGGAAUACCAGGACUUGAUUGAGCAGGCUCUUCGCGAAAGCCUGGUCGGACAUGGGGAAGAUUUGUCCGUGCCCCAAGCCUCUGGCAUCACCCAGGGGCUCGACGCCGUUGGUACCGCGGCACCACCAGCUUACGAGGACCAGGCGCGCAGCAGCGGCUCGGCGUUUACGCCGAUGAGUGACAACGAUGACGACCUGCAGCGGGCUAUUGAAGCAUCACGCAAGCCGCCCCCCUCCCUUCCGCCUCGUACUUCUUCUGCUUCUCAACAGCCGGAAGAUGACGAGGAAGAGGAACACUUGCGGAGAGCUAUCGAGGCAUCCAAGAACGAGAUGCAGCGAGCACAGCACGAGAAGACGGAGGAAGACAUUGUGAUGGAAUAUGUCAAGAAGCAGAGCCUCGCGGAGGAGGAAUAUAGGAAACAGCAUCUGGGCAAGGGGAAGGGGAAAGAAGUGGCGGAUGCCGACGACGAUGACGAGGAGUUGAGAAGAGCCAUUGAGGAGAGCUUGAAGCUGAGCGGAGAGGGUGGUGCCGCGCCACCUGAAGCUUGA